AUGGCAGAAGAACGGCCGAACCCGGUCAUUGCGGUAGUUUCCGGUGGUACACGAGCUCUAACUACCCAGUUCUUUUCGUUCUAUAUUCGUGUACCUGUAAAGCUUUUUCGUCCUGCUCGUAUUGACUACACACAACUGCUUCGGAGAUCGUUGCCGGCGGCAAAUAACGAGCCCUGGUCGUUUUGGCGGCACUCAAAUCCCGCCAUGCUGGUGCGUGCCGUGCGCAAGCACGGGUGGGAAUUUAUUCCUGACAAGCUGCUGCCCCCGAUUCUUGCUAACUCCGUAAUAGGCGCUGUACUGUACUCGACCUAUUUGUCGGCCCUCUAUGUGCUCCAAGCUAGCUCCGGCAACAAGCAAUAUCCAACGAUAAAACAAACUGCAGUUGCUGGUGCACUUGCUGGUGGUGCUCAGGCGCUGGUCGCCACACCGCUUGAUGCAAUCACCACGAGAUUCGACCACGAUCUUAUGCGCACUUCUACGAACCUUUGGAAGUAUGGUGCUGAACAACUGAAAACUUUAGGACCCAGAGCUGCUUAUGGUGGUAUUACCUUGAAUCUGGUGCGCGAAUGCUCUGCCUUUGCAGUAUUUUUUGCGUCUUUCGAGCUUGUGAAAGGUCCCAUGUACAGGAGCUAUGCCCGAUGGUGGUAUUCUCCGAGCUAUUUCCAUCCUGAGGGCAGAAAAAAGAGCCGAGUGCUUUAUCCAUCAUUUGUACUACUCGGUGGUUGUGUUGCCGCGGCUGCAAUCCAGAUUUUCAGCUACCCAUUAAGCAAACUGCACAAAAUGCAUACCCUUCGUUUGCAGGCGAUUGAUCAAACCCCCAACCAUAAUCGGGGAUUCCAAGACUAUCUUUAUUCUUAUCACAAAACUUUUCAGGCCAUGAAAAAGCAGGUUAAAAAUGUUGCAAAUGGCUCAUGGACCCGCUGGUUGUAUGGAGGCGUAUUUCGCUAUACGCUAGCCAGUAUGCCUAGCACAAGUAUCGGUUUGCUAGUCUUUGAAAUUAUGCGGAUCAGAUACGCACCAGAGCCUGCAGGUGGAGCCUAUGAAGCAGAUGAUGAUAAAUAG